GGGAACGAUUAUUGCCGUUUUCUGUCUUGUCUUCCCCCGCCAACCACACACACACACUGUAACACCAGUCGAACCUGCGUCACCAUCUCCAACACUAAUCUGCACCACACCAUCGCCGCAAUUCGGUGGCCCCGCAGAGUGAAACAUACGGAACAGCGGCUGUAGGAGCGCCGAUUCUUCCCAAGAGAACGACAGACCCUUCCGGCCGGAAGAUUAUUUCCCCCCGUCCCCCUUUGCCCCAGCGGUCACCAGAGUAGGCUGGUUGGAUGCCAUCAAACACCACCCCGAACCCACCACAGCAUCCGCCACACCGUGUGUGUGAAGACUUGAAACCAUCGCUCCCCACCCCUUCAACGCCAGCUCCACCGUCACAAAGCCGGAGAAAGGAGAGUGAAAUCCGGGAGUGAGCGAGACGCCAGACGCAGUGUGUGUAAGUGAGUGAGUGAUCGCCCGAGAAGUGGACCGACCGAUCGACCGACCACCAGCCGCCAGUCUCAGUGUGCUGCACGUUCCUGGUGCGACUUUGGAUGGAACGUGCAACCCGUCACGAAACUGAGAAGCACUGAACAAGGGACAACAAGUGGAAGCUCUUCCGAGGUGUGUUGCUCUCACGGGUGAUUAGCGGAGAGAAUGAUUCUACGAAGCGUACGGCUCCAUUCAGCGUAGAAGUUCCGGUUCCUGGUGUGUCAUCCCCCUCCCCGCCCGCACCCCCUUCUCUGUCUCACACGCCGAAUCGGACACGCCGCGCGAUGGACAAUCGGCUCAACAUUGGGUCGGAGGUGCGUGAGCUCAAGCUCGGCUCGACCUUCUCCAACGCCGGACCGUCGAACCAGUUUCACACGAUAAAAUAUGAUUUCAAACCGGCUAGCGUCGACGUGAACAAACCGGCGGUGCUGGAAAUUAGUGCCAACAAGCAGGUCACCGUUACCGUGCCGCACCUGGAUGGUUCCGGUGUGCCGAAUACCGUCUUCAAGGGCAACCAGCGCGACUACUCGCGGAAGGACUGCGUGCUCAUACUGAACCGGGCGACCGGGGAGAUUACGCUCGAGCAGCUCAACAGCAGCAUCGUGGUGAAGAAGACGAGGAUCGAAAACAAGGCACCGAAUCCACCGCCGCCCACACUGCCAACGAUCAAGGUCGAAAACAACACCGCACGCCAGAGCUCCAAGACGAAGAUUACGACCGGCGUGCGGAAGAAUGCGCCGAUCAGCUUCAUGCCAAAGCACUCGCCACUGCAGGGUUCGCCGUCCUAUCCGCACCGGAGUCCCCAGUCGGCCCCGGCCUGGAACGCCAACAAUACUCAACAAACCUUGCCAAGUAUUCCGAUGAUCGGGCUGGACGAUGGGCUGGAUUUCGGUACCGUGGCACCGCCGCCGCCGUCCUCCUCGUCCUCCUCCUCCUCCUCCGCCUCUGCCAAUGCGUCGUCGGGUGCGAGCAUGAACAAUCAUCUGAACAACAACCUCGGCGGGAAUUCCAACUCGAACCACGGCAGCAGUAGCAACAACCACCACCAGCAUCAGCAGCAGCAGCAGCACCAUAACCAACAUAGUAACAAUAGCAGUAGCAGUAGUAGUAGUAGCAGCAGCAGUAGUAGUAGCAAUGUCGGCAACAAUCACAGCGGCAGCAAUAGCGGUGGCUACCUUAAUCACGGUUCGACACAGAACAACAACAACAGCAACAACAAUCACCAUGGCAGUAGCAGUGGUAACAACCACCACCAUCACAGUAACCAUCUCAGCGUACCGUCGUACGGUGGGCAAGGUGGGGGACGGAACCAUCUACACAGCGAACCGUCGUUGCCACCCAGCGUGGAAGUGAGUUUGCCGCCCGAUCGGGAACUGUUGGCGCCCCCGGUCGCCCUGACCGGCAUCGGUGUUGGAGCGACGAGCGAUCCGGAAAUGAUGACAUCCUCGGAGUCGGACGGUUCGGACGAUUCGGAUUCGAGCAGCAGCGACCAGGAAUCGGACAGCUCGACCGAGGACAACAACGAUUCGCCAGUGAAGGAGUCCAUUUUUGAUCCACGGCCCGACCCGACGGUUGCCGUCACGGCCGCCGCAGUAGAUCUGAGCAAGGACCUUUGCCUGUCCUCCAACUCCGAUUCGGACGACUAAAGCCUGAUUAAAGAGGAACUCACAGCACAGUCACACACACACGCACGCGCGCGGGGUCAGCAGAUGAGGAAUGAACGAAGGGGACCCCCUAUGGAAGGAGCGGGGUAAGAGGAAAACGAGAAAACGAGAAAAUUUGGCUACCGCAACGCAACGCGAGAGACAGAAAGUAAUAGAUGUUAAAAGUUAUGUAAAGUUUUUUUGUUUUAAGGUUUUUUUUGCUUCUCUGUUUUGUUAGUGUUUUUCUGCGAGGAGGAGGGGGGGGUGAUGGAGACCCCAAAUUCCCCCCUCUCCCUACCUUCAUUAGGAAAAUUAUUUAUAUUUAUACAUUGUGCUCAAGCUCGCCUCACAAAGGGAAGAAGCGUUGCUGCUACAGGGAGAAUGUUUAAAUGGGGGCAUUCGAGCGAUCGUUUCCCGUUGUUCGGGCAUGAUUGCAGAAUGUGUGUACCAUUUUACACCCUUGGUAUGUCUUUUUAAAGGUAAAAGGACAAGGACCUCUCCUGCCAAGCGCGCAUCGCUUCCUUCUCUACAAAAAGAAAAGAAAAAAGGCGGAAGCCAAGACACCAACACCAAGACGAGCGAGUGGGGUGGCAUAAAUAUUAGCAGAUAAUUAGUCAAUCAGUGUGUGUGUGUGUGUCGGUGUGUGCGUGUGUUAGUGAAGAUCACAAGCGAAACUUCACACCGCAAAGGCAAACGGGAACAGGAAUGUUAUGCUCUAGCUUUGUUUUUUGUUUUGUUUACAGUUGUUUCGCUACGACUUAGUUACACAUUUUACAAGUUUUUUUUCUCUCUCAUGCUUCUAUUAUUAUUCUUGUUAGUGUGUGUGUGUGCUAUUGAAAAAAACGUUAAAAAAUUGAAGUUGAAAAGAAGGAAACGAAAACGACUGAGCGGACAGUGCGAACGCCCGUGGCGCCACAGUGGACCGCGAUCGCCUUACAGAGACAGAGAGAGAGAGAGAAAUGGAGAGAACGUGGAGGUCCUGGUGGUUAUUUUUUUACGACACAAAAGAUGAAGAAGUAAAAGACAUGAAGUUUGCCGGUAGGAUGGGGUGGUGGCGCAGGAGGCUCUCUGAACAAGACUGUUACCAAG